CUUUCGCAGUGUCUCUGUUUCUCUUCUUUUCCGGAACCUCUGCGAUGCGCGAGACGAGAGGCUCCUGGACUUGCGCGCGCGUUCAAAGAAAGUGAAGGAAUGGCUUUCUUCGUAAGCUGGUGAGAAUGCCCCCGCGUUUUGGCGCGUCUUGUCUGCUGGCCGAGACAACUUCCUCUCUUCUUCUGGGCCGCUUUCGGAACUCCUCCUUCAUCACGCCAGGAGAAAAUGUUUUUCUGUGGAGACGUCGCUGAGAGCGAGACCGGCACCUCUAGGCCCUCUGCUCGCAGGGGUCAAGACUCCUUCGACCUCCGCGCCGCUGUCCAGCUUCCGGAAUUGACAAAUCGCAGAACACAGGACGACGUCAGACGACUUGUCUAUCGCUUCAAACAGAGAAUUGAAGAUGUGCCUGGUGCGCGAGAGCGGCUGCUGCACUUCUGGCGAGACGCGGAUUUCCAGGACAGCGUUUUAGCAACUCUCGCGCAUGACAUUCCUCGAGACGGAGAUCCUCUUGCAGGCGCUCAAGAGAAGACUUCGGGAGAGCGCGAGUCGCGGAACCCCAAGUCGAGGAGAAGAAAGUUUCAAGAACGGACCUACGGUGACUGCGUCCUCUGGUUGGGACUCGUCAACAAACACAACAAAUACGCGGCUCUCGAACUGAAGCUCCCUGAGACAUUUGACCCAUGGGUCACGUACGUCAAUCGCCUCAUGGUGUACUUGUUUGCGGAGAUCCCUGGCUAUCGCGGCCCGGAUGAUUUCCACCGUCUUCUCGAUGUCUCGAUGGACGAACCUUUCCCCAUGAAGUGCCAUAAUCCAGUGUGCGUGUGUCUCAACCACAUCGACUGGCGGCUGCGCCGGCCGAAAGAAUCUGCGGACUCCGAGGAAGACGAGACAGACGGCGACGAAUGAGGCCCUCCGCAUAGAGACGCUCCUUGCUCAGCAGGACGUCCGAGUCAGAGAGGAAGCGGAGAACAGGAGCUGCUUCGAGAGAGCUCGGAAGCGAAGGAGGAAAAGGCGAGAGGGCCGCAGGCAGGACACAGUCGAGAGACGACUGUGUUCAUGAAAAAGGGAAUUGACAGAAUUUGCAGGUGAAUUCGUCACGCGUCUAGAUUUUCAGACAAGCAACAGAAGACGCUUCCCGUGAGCUCGUUUUUUCUUGAGUUUCUUCGAUUUUGAGUCAAUGUUCGUCGCAUCAGUCGAGUUCUCAAAAGGAAUCGCGCUCUGUGCCCUGUGCGAGAGAACGCCUCCGGCGCAGAGACGCUGCGUCCAGCUCGUGUUCACUUUUCAAGAAGGAAGUUCUUGUCAAGUCUAGGGUUUUCCUACUUCACUCAAGGACGGCCUAUGCUCUCUACUCCUCCGGGGGGAGGGCUGCCCGCGUUCCCGUGUGGAUCGCGCAGAGAGGAGCCCAAGGCACACCGAGGGACCACCGUGACUGACAUGCAAAUGCAGAGCGUUGAAUGGCCUGUGUCAAACAACUGGCCUCCUAAAUAGGAGUCGUCUUCGUCCUUCGCGUCCAGCAAGAGCCGGGGCGACGUGUGCGGCGACACGACUGUUUGGAGUCGUUGUUUUGGGAACAUAGCGAGACGCUCGUAAAGACGAAGGCGCGUCGUCGCGACCCUACCAUGAAUUCGUCCACUCGGC